AUGGCGGAGGUUGUUCUGCAUAUAUAUGAUGUCACGAACAGUGGAUCGGAGAAGACUAACAACACAAUUCUUCAGAUCAACAGGUUCUUCAAAGACGGGAUCGGUCUAGGCGGCAUAUUCCACAGCGCUCUUCAGAUAUAUGGGGACGAUGAAUGGUCUUAUGGGUAUUGCGAACAAGGAACUGGUGUGUUCAGCUGUCCUAGUGGGAAGAAUCCAAUGUACACAUAUCGUGAGAAAAUCGUUCUUGGAAAGACAGAUUGCACAAUCUUCAUGGUCAAUCAGAUAUUGCGUGAGCUCAGCAGGGAAUGGUCAGGACACACAUAUGAUUUGUUGGCGAAAAAUUGCAAUCACUUCUGUGAUGUACUCUGUGACCGGCUUGGUGUUCCAAAGAUCCCAGGUUGGGUGAAUCGCUUUGCCCAUGCUGGCGACACGGCCUUGGAAGUGGCUGGAAACACAGCAAUGCGUAUAAAGCAAGCCAAAACUGAACUAGUGUCAGCUAGUAAAGUGGCUUAUCGCUUUCUUUCGAAUGUUACCUCGAAUGUAACCAACAGUGCUAAUGGCUCUCCACAACGGCCAGGAAGUCUCAACAAACCAGAGAAUGGGAACUUGAGAUUGCAAGGGACAUGGUUCAAAGGGAUACUCAACACUGCUAGACCCUCCACAAGUAGAGACAUAGAGAACAAAGAUGAAGAUGCAAAUCAUGCAAUCACCAACCAGCAAAAACAAAACCAUGACAGUAAGGUUCUACUGUUUCAGUAG